GAUUCUUGUCCUAUUAUUUUCUCUAAGGGCGAGCAGUAGAGUUGGUAUGUGAAGCUUUUCUCUCUUCCACAUUCCAAGUGAUAUUUCAAAGAAUGGCUUCUCAAGAGUUUGCAGACUUAUUUCAUGAGAAGAAACCUAUUGUUGAGCUACUUGACAAGUUCAAGAUCAAGUUAAAGUCAGCAAAUGCACUGCUUAGUGAUGUUGAGCAGAAGCUUAUUUGAGAUCGAAAUUUGAGGGAUUGGCUUGCUGAGUUUAAAGACAUUUUAUGAAGCGUGUGACUUGAUUGACAAGAUAGACAAUGAAGACUUACGAUGCAAGAUGGAGCAGCCUGAUCAUCAAGAUGAGUGUGGUGGCACCACCAGUAUGCUGGUCAAGUUCAUUCCAUCUUCUUCAUUCAACGAGUUCGAUGAAGCUGUAAAACCUGAGAUAGAGAGGACUCUUGAGAAGUUGAGUGUUCUUGUGGAUCAAAAAUAUGAGCUUGGUUGGAUGGAAAAUGUUUCAAAUAGAUCUUUGAUGAGACUACCAUCUCCUUGGAGAGAAAGAGUUUAUGGUAGAGAUGCUGAAAAAGAAGCCAUCCUUAAGUCAUUGCUGCUAGAUGAUGUUAAAGGGUGUAUGUCUGUGAUUCCCAUAGUUGGUAUGGUUGUAAUUGGUAAAACUACUCUUGCUCAACUUGUUUUCAAUGAUUGCCAGCUUAUAGCUGAGUCUUUUGAACUCAAAGUAUGGGUUACUGUAUCAGAAGAAUUUGAUGUUUGCAAGAUAAUGAGAAUGAUUUUUCAAAAGGUUGCUUCUGAAAAAUGCGAUAUUGAUGAUUUGUCAGAGCUUCAAUGUGAGUUGAAGAAGGCUUUGAGAGGGAAGAAGUUUUUCUUCGUUCUUGAUGAUGUUUGGAAUGAGAAUUAUAAUAAAUGGGAUUUUCUAAAAAGUACUUUUGAAUCUGGUGCACGUGGAAGCAAGAUCAUUGUGACAACUCGUAACAAGGUUGUUGCACAAGUUAUGAGCACUGGAAAAGUACACAAGCUACAAGGAAUAUCCAAUGAAGAUUGCUGGAAAAUAUUUGUUGACCAUGCCUUUGAGGAAGACAUUGGUCCUGCUCAUUCAAAACUACAUGAAAUUGUGAAAAAGUGUAAAGGCCUACCUUUAGCGGUGAAAUCACUUGGCGGUCUCUUACACUUUGAAAGAGAUCAAAUGAAAUGGAAAAAUGUACUCAAAAGUGGUGUAUGGGAGUUGUAUGAGACACACAAUGGUGAGAUUCUUCCAGCUCUAUGGUUGAGUUACUACUACUUACCUUCAAACAUCAAGCAAUGUUUCGCCUAUUGCUCAAUAUUUCCCAAAGAUUCUGAAUUUGAGAAGAAACAACUCAUCUUGUUGUGGAUGGCAGAAGGUCUUUUGCAAAACAAGAAAGGGAAAUCAAUGGAGGAGGUUGGAGAGCAGUACUUUGAAGAUCUCAUAUCAAGAUCAUUCUCUCAAUAGACAAGUCAACAUAAAUCAAGUAAGGGUACAACAACUUUUCUUAUGCAUGACCUUGUACAUGAUUUAGCUUCAUUUGUAGCAGGUGAAUUCUGCUUUAGAUUGGAUGAUGAUAAUUCCUUGGAUAAUCUUGCAACCAAAACUCGUCAUUUGUCAUGUAUGACAUACAUUGAGAAAGUUGCUGGUUUAUCUAAAGCUGAAUCAUUGCAUACCCUUCUAACAAUUAAAGGAGGGGUGUUAUUGGAUUUGGAAUUGCAUGAAGUAUUGCCAACUCUAGGAUGCUUGAGAGUCCUUUCUGUAUUUAGAUCUUUCAAGCUGUCUGACUCGAUUGGUAAGCUAAAACAUCUACGGUAUUUGAACUUAUCUCCGACUGAAAUAGAGUGAAUACCUGCUUCUGUAUGCUCUU